AUAGAGGACGUGCAGGAACGUGUCUGAACCCUGUCAAGCAGGGGAACUCAUCGGUGUGUGUGUUCCCCUUUUUACCGCUGAGAUCUCGACGUACCUUCUCACCGCCGUGAUUCAGGAGCACUGCUGAGGGCAGAUAGGCGGCGUCAGCAACAAAUCAUGGACCCUCUGUGGCUGUGCGUUCUCAACUAACACUGGCGAGCGAGAUUCACCCAUCCACCGCCUGAUCAAUGUCAUCGUCUGGCGAUGCCAACCCACCUGACUCAUCGGAGGCCCCUCCCUCUGAUCCCACUGAGCAGCCCUCAUCCUCCGCAGCUGCCGCAGCGGCCAAGCACACCCAUAGCUAUCGCGGCUCGCGGGAGCUCAAGCGACUCCUGGACGAUGUGAAGCCGAUCAUCAGGAAACCAAGAGCAACAGAGCGAGGACCAGCUUCUCGGCGUCGACAGGACGCAUCUGGUGGAGGCGAGCCGGCCAAGAGAGCUGCUAAGUCAUCAGCAGGAGAUGGCCUUGCAGCAGCUGCAGCAACAGCAACAGAGGCCAAGGGCGAAUCGCAAGUCGCGGCGAAACUCGCGGCAGCGGCAGCGGCAGCAGCAGCAGCAGCUACUGCGGGGGAUGAGGUCCCUCCCACCCCUCCAUCUCGGCAGCGGAAGAGGACGGACGACAGCAAAAGCAGAGGCGGCAGCAAAGACGAGGGCGCGGGCGACCCGUCGAGCGCCGCCGCCGCAGCUGCCGCGGCCAAACCUGCAGACCGCGGCACAGGCGAGCCGGCAGCGGCAGCGGCAGCAGCAGCAGCUACUGCGGGGGAUGGCGGAGCUCAGCAAGGUCAGUCGGGGUCAGGCGAGUCGGCAGAGGCGAGGGGUGAGGCGGAGGGCACUCAGACCGAUGCAGUGGAGAAGAAGGGUGACGGAGCACCAGACAGUGGCGGCGAUUGUCGCUCAGGUGCCGGCGAGGGUGGUGCCAAGAAGGCGGUCGGUCACACCCUUCGGGAGCUUCAGGCGCUGAUGCGUGACGCAUCCCGUCGCAAGACUGACCGGCUGCUGUCUUACGAGGACUUCCAGGGUCCCUACCCCAUUCGCGGACGGAGGGGAAAGAAGGCAGCCGACGACGAAGCCGAGCCGCCCACCGGGCCCGCAGAGCACAAGACAGACAUGGAGGGCGCGGUAGAGGACAGCCGCAAAGACGACGGCGUGGGCGAGCCAUCGAGCGCCGCUGCUGCAGCCGCAGCUGCCGCGGCCAAACCUGCCGGCCGCAAGUCAUCCAAAAAGGGCUCCAGGGGCGCCUCUCAGCCGCCAGCUGCGCCCCGCCGGAACCGUCUGUUGCAGGAGCUGGAGAUCGACAUGAGGGGCGUCGAGCUCGAGCCCAACGCUGCAGCCGUGUCGAGUGGGGCCGAUCAGCAGGAGGCGGGCAAUGGCGGCGAGGCAUCCCCCGAGGGAGGCAUCAUUCGUCGCAGUGAGCGGCACAAGGGCGAGCAGCCGCCUGUCUACUUGGAGAGGAGGAAAGCCAAGAAACCAAAGGAGGAGCCCAAAGAAGAGCCUGCCGCCGAUGGUGACGGCGGUGACGUGCAGCCCCAGCACGGCGAUCAGGGUGGGGUCGGCGAGGGCGAUCGCACGGGUGAUGUAGUGGCCAAGACGGAGGACGUCAAGAUGGAGGAUGCGCAGGAGCACGAGUCCGACUCGCCCCUCAAGAUCGACAAGAUGAAGAGGGAGAGGGCCGCUAGUGAGGAGGGUGAGCCCCGCCCCGGGCGGCAAAACAAGAGGAAGGCGCCUAGCCAAGGGCCGGUGUCGGACGACAUUGCGGCUGGCGGCCGCACCCCGAGAGGGGCUCGUGAGCCCGGGGAGCCGGACUCCGCCAAGCCCCUCGCGCGACCGAGGUCAAGGGCGGCCAAAGUGCCACUGUAAGCAGGGCAGCAGGAAGCACAGGCGACGGAACGCAGUGGGAUGGUGUGUGUGUGUGUGUGUUCAGAGCAUCUGAUGAUGAGUUGGCUGAGCUGAUGGCGUUUGUCGAGUCGACUGACAUGAGGGGCUUCGCUGCAUGGGUGCAGAUGAACCCUGACGAGGUGGGCAAGGCAAGGCAGAUACACAACCGCAGACAACUUGCUUCAAUGGGCGAGUAACUUGACUUGGCGUCAAUCCAUCCCUGUGUCGUGUCGUGUCGGCCUCUGCACGUGUCGUGUUUGUAGGAUUUGAGUUUGGUCAUCAUUCACAAGAAGUUGCCCAACGGCCUCUUCCGUGUCUUCUUCGAGGCAUCAGAGGUACACCAACACAUAGGCACCCACACCCUGCACUUACUCACACCCACAUGCUGCACUGCACUCAUCCUGUCCCUGUGGCAUCUUUAUCUGGUGCAGCGCGACAUGUUCGUUGGCCUCAAUGACAUCGACUUCACUGGCGACCACGUCUCGGUAAGCGAAGGAAUGCGCCGAGCAACCACCAUUCUACGCUAUGAUGGCUGAUCUCUCCCCCUUUCUGCACGAGCUGCUUGUCAUGCAGGCGACAGUGUACGGCCCAGCGGUGUGGAUGAAGUGGAACAAGGCCCCGUGGCCCGCGCGGCUGCUGCGGCUCUUCGGCCGGGCCCGGCAGGAGGCGGCAGAGAGCCUGGGGGUGGCGGGCAAGAAGGUGGAUGAGGCUCUGUGGGUGGAGUUUUUCGACCCCAAAUGCUCCAAGACCUUCUGCAUGAAGGCCGACGUGCGCACACACAUCGCCACACUCGACAAACACCCACACCUGGGCAAAGACUCUACCACCGACAGUAUUUAAGUGCACUCACUGCCCAGGCGGGGACAGCCACACACCCCGUCAGUCAGUCACACCCUUCCUCUUUGUGCAGGGCACCGCAGCGGCAUGUCCAAGGCAUCUCGUUACGCCGAGGGAGCGGCGCCGCCCCGUCCGCCCCACCGGUCCCUCGAGCUGCUCCAGACGUGGAUCGAGAAAUGCAAGACGGACUUCAACAUCGAUGUGGAGACCAUCGACGAGAUACCGAGGUCAGUUUUCCACCGAGGUGGAUCGAGAUGUGCAGGUCAGAUGUGUGUCAUUUGUGUCCACCGCAGUGACUUGCGUGUUGCGGGGAGUCGCCGAGCCACUGGGGCCGGUGCUGCAAAGCGUGUUGGGGGCGCCAAGGGACGAAAGAAGGCCACACCCAAGCGGGCCAAGACGGAGGUGAGCGAUCAACGACACGUGGCGAGACUUGUGAGUCUUCAUUCCCAGUCCGUGUGCAUGUUUGAAUGCCGUUCGUUCAGGCGGCAGCAUCCUCUGCCCGCCGUGGGUCUGGUGGCAGCCCCCACCGGCCCCUUAUUCCUCCGAGCCUACUCAGACACUCCAGCCGUAAGUGCAGGCCAGGCACAAGGAGAUGGACGAGGGAUAUAUAUGAGAUACUUCUUUCCAUUUUCUCUCAUUUCUGUGUCUGUCUGUCUGUCUGUCUGUGUCUGCAGGUCAGCGCAAGGAGAAGCGCCUGCAUCCGGAUGAGGUCAGCGAUAUGUACGCCGCCAGACACCUCGUCGACAGCGACAACCAGCAGCAGCAGCAGCAGCUCAAGAAGGAGGCCCCGCGGCCCCGGCCCAAGAAGGCCAAACAGAAGAAGACCCCCAAAUCAGCCUUGGCGCCAUCCUCCGCCCCCGAGGCGCCACUGCCUGGUGCAGGCCCACCUGACGCCCUGAUGGACGACAGCGGUGCCAUCAAGCUGGCCAACAUCGAUGAGGGGUUCAGCUAUGUGGGCUACAAGGUGUCGCUGUCGGUGCCUGCUUUGCGGGAGCGACAUCCCCAGGUGGCCGCGACGCUGCUGGGCCACAGCGGUCGGAAGGAUCGGCAGACGGUGGAGGCCGUCAUCAAGUUCUACUACCCCAAGUUCCGCAAGUUCUUCCUCCAUUUUCUCGUCCCCGAGACCCCCACGUCAGCCGCAGCAUCGGCAGGCACCACCAAGAGGGGCGGCGGCAAGGCAGCGGGGAAGAAGGGCGGAGCCGACAAGAAGGACGGCGACAUCGAUGCCCCUCGCGAUGAUGACGACGACGGCGAGUUCCGCUUCUCGCGCCGCAUCUCCCAGCGCAUGUGGAUGAACCCCAGCGUGUUCAGCAUCAAGCCAGUCUCCGACUCCCCGGUGUGGCUGCGGCCCGAUGAGCCGCUGCUCGAGGCCAAGAGGGGCGCCUCGAUGCUGCUGGGAGGCGAUGGGGCCAUGUUCACCCCCGACGUCCGGUCACCGGCACCGCAAUCGCGCCACCUCAGUUCGCCGCCGCCCAGUGGGAGCCCCUCACGGCCCAAGGAAGAAGACGUCAAGAUGGAGCCGGGAGGCGCCAGGGCACCCGCACCACCAGCCACGGUGGCCACAUCCGCCGCUGCAGCAGCUGCAGCGGCUGGGGGAGAUGAGGCCGUGCAGGAGGACCUACCGGCCGAGAAGCCCAGGACGCCCCGAGCCCGCUCCCCUGAGCGUCGUCCCCGCCGGCCGCCUGGUGUGCUGGGAACUCCAUCUGGCCACUCGGGUCAGUCGGGGAGCUCCACCAGGGGCUGGAAGCCAUGCCAGACAUGUGGCCAGCGCGUCGAUCACAUCCGCGGCCAUGGAGAGGCCAAGGACGUGCUGGACCGUGACGGCGAGAGGGACACGGAGGGCGAGAAUGGUGGUGGUGAGGGUCGUGGCGUCAAGAGGAAGCGGAGGCAUGCGGGUGAUGAUGGCGGCUUGGCGUGGGGGCUGCAGUGCUGUCGGUGCGGCGAGACGUACCACGGACACUGCCUGCUGCCGCACCAGCGGAAGGUCCCACCGAGGUAGGUGCGUGGGUUUGGUAGCAAUAUGACUGACACAUCACAUCCUCGUGAGUUCGUUCGGUGUCCUUUUCUGUAUCUGCCUGUCAUGUGUGUACUGUACGUCUGUCUACAGGGCUGAGGAGGCGCAGUUGAUGGCUGUGAAUCGCAUCCACGAGGACUACCUCAAGAAGGUCGAGCUGGAGCGGCAGCGACUGGUAAGCAAGGAAGGAAGAGAAAACCACACACUGACUGACUGACAAUUGAAUUAAGACGCAUAUAUAUCACAUCCAUCUGAUCUGGUGCCCUGCCCGUGUGUCUACUGUACGUGUCAUCAGGAGCGUGAGCACGCGGAACUUCUGGAGCAGGAGCGGCAGGCCAGGGAGGCCGGCCGCCUUAGACGCCUCAAGAAACUGCAGGAGGAGGAGGAGGCACUGGCCAUACAAACCGCCGCCCAGAACGCCUCCGACGGUGCAGCCUCAGCCUCAGCUGCGGCCGGCCCCCUCCCUCCGCGCAAGGCGAAGGCUGGUCGGCCCUCCAAGCGGCAGAAGAUCGACCCAAUGGAGGUGUUGCGUGCCGUGGACGCGGGUGACGUGCCGGACGACGUGGCGCUGCUCAUCCACAAGCACUGCGGGCUGCCCAGCUCCCUGGUCCUCAACAAGGUGCGUCUGAUGGCCGGCCCCAAGGCGGCCGGCGUGUCGGACGCCACCAUCGAGCGGCUGGCCAACGAGUACAAGAAGCACCGCAGGCGGGCCAGGGGCGCAGCCGCCGACGAGGAGUCCAAGCAGCAGCAGCAGCAGCAGCAGCUCGCCAAGAGUGACCAGGGCAGCAAGGCUAGCGAAUCAGACCAUGGGGGAGAGGGCAGCGAGGUCAGCGGCGCCGCACCAAUGGCUGCCGAGGCACAGGCACCGACCGAGCCAUCAGCGGAGGGCAACGGCGAGGAGGCCAAGAGUGAGGCGGAGAGUGGGGCCAAGGAGGGGGCGCAGUCUUCGGAAGCCCCACCUCCUGUUGCUGCUGCAGAUGGGGCAGACAAGGGAGCAGAUGCAGCUGAGAUGACGACUGGGGAGAAGCAGGCCCCCGAUGAGCCGAUGGAGGACGCCCACAAGGCCGACGAUGCCCCCAAUGAGCAGCAGCAGCAGCAAGAGCCACCAGCAGCGGCAGCCAACGGCCCCGCGUCGAUGGAGGUCGACCAGCAACCAUCUCAGCAGGACGCCGCACCGAAGCAGGAGACUGAUAACGGCCCCAUGGAAGCGCCGCCAUCGGGUCACCAGGAUGCCGCCGCAACCGCAGUGGUCGACGAGGGCAGUGGCGAGGCCGCCAAGGAAGAGAAGGACGAUGAGGUCAUGGUGGCCGAAGAGGAGGAAGCGUCGCCAGCAGCACAAAAGGAACCAAAGGACCAGAGCAUCGCACCGCCGUCACCUGACGCACCCGCAAGCGCUGCCACAGGUGCGGCGGACCACCACGGCGGCGCCGUGAAGGAGGAGAAGCCAUCUGAUGGGGCGCAGGCAGGGCCGGGAGAAGCGUCGGCUGCGGCCAUCGACCUCGAGCCCCCCACCCAUCCCGCUGGUGCCGAUGAGGAGUGCGAGGAUGUGGAGGAUGAGGACGAGUACGAUGACGGUCCGUAUGGCGCGGAUGCGCUGCGGUGGGUGUGCCCCCACUGCCACAUCUGCCGCUACUGCUGCGAACCACUGGAAGACGUUCCCGGACUAGAGCUGGCGGUAUGCAUGUAUCCUAAGCAAGAGAGGCAAGGCAGUGGGGCGUCACAUUCACAUUCACAUCACACGCGCAUCACAUCAUCCGUGUGUCUGUGUGUCGUGUGUGUCAUCCACCGUGGUUCGGUUUGAACAGACGUCUGGCGGCAAGGGCAAGAAGAAGCAGGAGAGCAAGAAGGUGGACGAGAUCGAGAAGCAUGUGGUGUGUUUCGGCUGCAACAUGGCCGCUCACGGCGCAUGCUGCCCCGGGACGGUUCCUGCGCUCACCGAGGGCUCGCAGUGGCGGUGCGACGCGUGCCUCAAGUGCUCGUCGUGCGGCCGGCGUGAGAAGGAUGAGACAAACUACGCCGCAUGGGUCAACGACUUCAACGUCUGCGCGCCGUAAGUCGAGUUGACACACAUGCACUCACUGCACACAGCCAGGUCCCUUUCUGUCUGUCUGUCUGUCUGUCUGUUGUGUAUCUAUGCUUGUGUUGGCUGGUUUGGCGGCUGCAUUCGUGACGUGAAUGGAAUACAUUGCAGGUGUUUCAACAACAAGCGUGUGGGCAACUACUGCCUCAUCUGCAACCGCAUCUGGGUCGACGAGAGCGAGCCCGGCAUCAGAUGUGACGCCUGCAAGUGAGCCGAGCCGACACACACAGAGGGACGGGAGGGGCCCACAAGACAAGCCCCGCAUCAAUCCAAUCCGUUGCUGGCUGGCUGUCCAUUGUCCAUCAGGGGGUGGAUCCACGCAGCAUGUGGUGGCAUCGAUGCGGCUCAGCUGGCCGAGUACGAGCGCAACAAGAAGGCCGUCUACCGCUGCCCCGUGUGCAGCAGCAACGAGGACAGCGGCCGGUACCAGCGCAUCGUCGAGGGCCUCCUGGACUUCGACAAGCUGGAGCUGUUUACCUCCCCUGUGGGCGGCGAGGUCCUCUCACUCUAUGCCAGGGUCGUCCAGAACCCCAUGGACCUGCUCACCAUGAAGAAGCGGGUAUCAUAUCAAGGGGAAGGAAGGAAGGCACCAUCACGGACGAUGGAUGGGUAUGGGACGGCCGCCUUUCUGUAUGCUAUGUGCAGGCGAAGAGCGGUCAUUACAAGACGCUGAUGGAUUUCCUGAACGACUUCGACCUCAUCAUCGGAAACGCUAAGGUCAAUGCAAUGCCUCACUCACACACAGCCAGGUUGCCGGUGCCACUCGUGUGUGUGUGAUGUGAUGUGAUGUCUUGUGUGUUUCUGACCACCUGUCCUCUCGUCUUGCAGAUCUUCAACAUGCCCAACAGCCGGCCGUACAAGGAGGCGGAGCGGCUCGAGAAGCACGGCAUCGCACUCAUGCACGAUAUCCUGGGCGUCAAGGAGAAGGAGACCAAGCGCAUGCUCGCCGCUAAGCGGGCCGCACCACCGGAGGUAGUCAACGGCAGCCAGCCCUCAGGCGCCAGCAUCCAUGAAGACGCUCUCCAUGACGACACACCGGCAUCCGCAUGCGCGUAGGCAACACACAAGACACGACUCCACCACACACACGAUGGAUGGAUAAGGCUAACUACUAAGUCCAUGUGUCAUCGUGUGUGGCUGCGUCAGUCGUGAUGAGUCGUUUGACCGCGAGAGUCCCUUCCACGGCGAGUCGGCAAUCGGUGGCUUCUCUCGCCCGAGGCAGCGCAUGGGGCGGAGCGAAGGCCCCAACCAGUUGCCAGAGGACGGAUUGGACGAGAUGGGGGCCGACGGAUGGAGCGGCGCAAGGUACGUGACUGACAUCACACAAAUGCAGCCAGAGCGAGCAGAAGAUAUCUAUCUGUGCGUGGUGUCGUGUGUGCCUUUGCAGGGGGCUGGGGCGUCUGUCAUUCGGUGAGGGUGCAGGCCGGUCACCUCGCGAAUCCCUGGGGCCGAGAGGGGAGGAGACGCUGCCGCCGAUCCACCAGAUCUUCUGCCUACCCGAUAACCAAGUACUCUUCCUGACGGUGAGCAUACGACAGUCAAUAUAAUGCAAACCAUGACAUUCCCGCUGCCUGCCAUGCCAUUCCAUUGGUGUGUUGUGUGUUGUUUCUCUCUCGUGCCUACAGGACCCGAGCUCCGUGUUGCCCCUCAGCUUCCCAUGCGGCUUCUGUUGGAGUCCGCUGCUGCUCGACCAGCUGCCCGUGACCGCCAUCUACGGAGCAGCGCUGCUCGUGGCGGCACUGCUCUCACAGCCCGCCACGCACAACAUGACUGAUGGCGACUUGAUGGGCUCCGAUCCCCCGUCCCUGGACCUGUCGCUGGCCCUCACCACCCUGGCCGACGCCGCUCGUCAGCAGUGGUCCUUCCGCCACCUGUGGCAGGACUGCUGCAGCCAGUGCGGCAGCUUCGCCUACCCCGAGUACCUCAUCUACUGCGCCUCGUGCGGCGAGGCACAGCACUUCUACUGUGCCGGCCUGGACCGGUGCCCCGCCGACCCAAUGCGGUACACCUUCCUCUGCUCCCUCUGCAUGCAGUGCCCCACCUGCCACACCCACAUGAGGGAGGGCAGGACGCCCCCCGAUCCCAGGACCCUGCCUGUCCGCUGCACCUCCUGCGGCACAUGUGCCCACCUGUGCUGCCUGUUCGAGCAGGAGCCGUCGGACCCCUCCCCUCCGCCCCAGCCCGCCACGCCGCGAGAAUCCUUCGGAUCGUCACGCGGCGAGAGGAGUCCGGGCACAUCACCGUCGCCUGUGGGAUCAUCUGGAUCGGCGGUGCCGAUGCUGAGGCGGCCGUGGACGGAGGAGCAGAAGCGCAAUCUCGUGGAGAUGUUCAGCCUCUCGCGAGCGGGCCUGGUCCCCGACCCCAUCCAGACCUUCAUCGUUGCCCGCAAGGAGGGCUUCUCGCGACCCGAGGUGGAGGCCAUGGCCAGGCUGCUGUUAGGGCCCUCACGUGCACCACCCAGGCAGCAAGGACGGCUUCAGCUGGUGGAGAUAGGCACCCCAGCGCAUCCACCGGUGCAUCACCCCCCGUUGCCGAUGAUCAAGGCGGAGAGGCGUCUUCCCCACAUCAAGCAGGAAGAGCAUGACGGGGAGGAUGAGCCACUCCGCGCUGCUGCUGACGCGGUACGCACUGCAUGCAAGCCACACGCACCAAUUCGCAGCCGGCACAAUGACACAGUCUGUCUGCUUGGGUGUGUCCUUCCUGCUCAGGUCAAGAGGCGUCGUGUAGAGUUGGGUCGUCCGGCAGCACCGGGCCCAAUGCAGGUGUUGGGAGUGCUCGGACGACAUGGGGGUCGAGUCCCCGUGCCACAAGUGUCCAGCCACAGUGUCGCCCAGCCACCGUUACUUCUACCCCUCCUGCCUCCAUCGCGCCCUCAGGCCAGUCAGAUGCCGGGCCUUCGUGAGCCGCCAGGUGACGAGGAUGGCUCUGCCUCUGCGAUGGACGUGGACGUCACUCCUGCCAGCGAUGAUGAAAGGAAGGGGCAGGACGGGACAGCCCAGGAUGAGGCCCCCGAUCCUGGUGCACCGUCGGAAGGCAUGAAUGCACAGCCCCAGCCGCAGCCACAGCCUAUCCAUGUUGACGCAGAGCCUGCGGCAGACGACAGGAAGGAAGACCGCGUCCACAGAGAGGUCGACCCGAGCCCCGACAGCUCAUGUCGAGAGCAACAGCAGAUGCAGCAGGAGGAUGGGGCAUCCAGGGCUGCUGCAGCAGCAGCUGUGGCCACAGACGGUGGUCGGGAGAGCGAGUCGGCUGCCAAGGCAUCAGCGGCAUCCGCCCUGGUCAAGGAGAAGCAAGCCAAGAAGGACGCCCCCAAGCAACCACCGGAGCCUGUCCAGCGGCCGCGUCGCCAGGGGACGCAGAAGCAGCUCGACGAUGACUUUGUGGCGAGUUUCGACCUCAGAGUGCUCGAGGAGGAGCCUGAAGGCAAGAAGGGGCGAAAGCGCAAGCUGCAAGACGGCCCGGCCGCUGGCGGGUCUGCCCAUUCCAGUCGGCGGCGGAGCGGUGGGGGGCAGGGAGGGAGAUGGCGGCUCAAGUGGAAGUCGGGCCCAGGCACACUUGUGUGCGACAAGUGCGGCAAGGGAGAGGGGUGUUGCGAGUGGAAUGACGUCUUCCAUCGCAGACUCCCAACAGCCAAGCUUCUGCAGCCAUACGUGCCGACAGCGCCCGCACUGUCCCCCGAGGCCAGUCCCGUCAAUGCUGCGCCCGGUGGCAUGGACGACGAGCCGAUCGUGCCCCAUCCGAAUGACAGCCCAGCCAGCGGCUGUCGGCCCCCCUCUCAGCCCGCUUCACGAGCGCCAUCCAUGCCUUCGCCACCCGAGCUCCCUCCCUCAGAGGCCAGGCCCUCUGGUCCCGUCCCUCACCCGAUUGCCAGCGGCCCGGAGGUCUUCCCCAUCCCUUCCAGGCUGCCACUGCACCAGCCGCCGGGUCUUGGUGGCCCCCAACGACCCCCUGCCCCACGCCCACUGCCGACUGUUCAUCCUGGGAGCGGUUCAAGUGCGGACCCCAUCGACAUCGACGUGGUAGAGGAGCCCUCACCUCCACCGAGGCCACCCACCAGACCAGUAUACCACCCGGUGCCCGGGCAUCCCCCGCCGCACGGUCCGAGGGUCAAUCCGCUCGCCAGCUUGCUCUGGGCCACUCAUCCAGAGAGCGAGGCGUCUGAGGCGUCAGUGACGGGCAUGAGGGCGGCCUUGUCUGACCUGCGUGAGGAGCUGGAGCCCUUCCGGCAGGCGGCACAGGCGCUGCACCGUGCCACCCAGUCUGGCCAGCAGCUGUAUGAGGUGCUCAUGGCCGCCGCGGGUGCGUCGAUGUUCUUCAAAAAAAUGAAGGGGCCCGACGGGGAGGCCAGGCGGAGCACAGCCGUGAGGAGGGUGCUGACCGACUCGAUGAAGGAGGGGGUGUCCAGCCCCAUCGCCAAGUACGGCCAUCUGCUGGAGCGUUGGAUCAAGAGCCACCCCAUCAACUCCCUCCAGCGCAGGCAGCCAGGCCGCCGCAGCGGGGACGACUCCGACAUGCCCAGUGUCGACCCCCGGGUGGCCGAGGACUUCAGCAACAUGUUCAGACACCGCGACUUCGAUAUGGUGGCCAGGGUGCUCGAAUCACACGGGGGGGAGGUCAGGAGGCGGGCCUCUGACAACUACGCCAAAUGGGUGGCCAGCGGGGUGCCUGUCGACGCGCCGUCCCUCCCCGACGACCCGACCGAGAGACGGUCCUUCCUGGCAGCCGGGACGGCGAUUUGUUUCUCCGAAUCGGGUGAGCGGCUGGAUCAGUACCGCAAGGACUUCGGCAGGGAGCUGCGGCAGCGCAAGAAGGACGAGAAGGAGAGAGAGAAGAAGCAGAUGGAGGAGAGGGCCAAAGAGAAGGAGAAGGCCGACAAGAAAGCCAAGGAGGAGGCAGAGAAAAAGGCCAAGGAGGAGGCUGCCAAGAUGCCAAAGGAGCAGCCGGCCAAGACACCGGAAGGCGAUGCAAGCUCGAAGGGAUCGGUCGUGGUGGCGGGCAUGGCAGGCGCCAUGGCCGACGAGCCCCUCGACAAGCCCAUCGAUCCGUCGCCGACCGACAAACCCAAGACCCCUCCACUUGCCGGUCCACCUCGGUCCCCAUCGCCAUCCUCCAGCUCUGACGUCAAGAUGGCGGCCCCCAGCCCCAGCCCGCUACGGAUAGUCGAGCGGAUCGUCAAUCCGUCACCCAAGGCGCCCCCUCCCUACCAGCCGCGGCCACGGCCCAUCCCUUCUUCGUGGAUCAACACACUGCAGGGCGUCCGUCCGAGCCCAUUGGCUGCCUUCCCCCGCCCAAUGGGCCAUCCCUUCCCCAUCUGCUCACCCGCAGCGGCAGCCGCUGCAGCACUCGCCGCUCAGAAGGCCGGAGCUGCCGCACCGCAGUCACCGAUGCGGCCCAUGUCGGAUGCCCAGCAGCGGCUUUUCUCCCUGCGCAAUCCCUUCCCGAUGCGGCCCCGUGUGCCGGUGCCGCAAUUCCCCGUCCCCAAGUACCACUCGGCGAGCAGCCUCGCCGCACUGGGACUGCCCUACCUCACCACCAACUUGGCACCCAGCAAGGCGAAAGCGCCGAAGGUGCCAGCCGUGCCGAGGGCACCACGGAAGGAGAAAAGCGGACGGGACCUGGCGGUCUUGGACAUCCAGAGGGCGGCGAGAGCGGUAAGCAGCAGAUAGUGAUAGUGAGUGGUGGUGUGGUGGAUGGUCUAUCUGUCGGCUGUGUUGCUUCGUUUCUACUUCUGCAGGAGCAAGGUUUCAUCCAGACUGUUCUCCUCGACAUCCGCCGGCGGUGCGACGAUGGCGAUGGCCUCCGUGCGGCCAACAGACCAUCGGGGCAGGGACCCAUGAGCCCGCUCCUAGCGCACCUGUCCCAGCUGCGGCAGAAGAUGGCGAGGCAGAGCGAGCAGAUGAAGCGCGACCUCAUUGCCCGGUGCAGACACGAUCUCCUUCAUGUGGUCCGGAGUAUGAUCACCGGUGUGGGCGACCCCAUCAAGGGCCCGCAGGACGAGAGGGUGGUCCAGGAUGACAUGACCGAUGAGACCGUUGCGGACCACGGCGCCCGCAGCUGCCUGCUCUGCGGCGAAUCAUCAGACAGGUAGGUGAGGUGAACACAAAUGGGAUGGAUGGUCUGUGCGCACUGGUCGACUUCUCCUUCUCCUUCCAUUGUGCGCAUCGCAUCAGGUUGCUGCGGGGCGCUCUGUUGCCCCUUCCUUUCGACGAGGGCUGGGUGCACUCGGAGUGCCUGCUCUUCUCGUCCGUCCCGCGGCAGUGGGUAUACCGACAUGAGGGCCUCAAGCCGCCAGCACCCAAGCCGCGGCAACAGGGCGGCAGCGGCGGAGGGCGGGGCAGCGGACAGGGCAGCAGAGGCCAGGCCAAUCUGGCCAACGAGACGCAACAGCUGGAGCAGCUGCAUCAGGCCAAGAGACAACGCAUGCUGCAGGUGGGCUGGGUUGGUCGAUUGACAGAAACGAAUCCAAUGUGUGUCCCAGAUGAAUGAACAUGAGGUCGUUUGGAUCGGUCCAUGUUCAGAUCAAGAGUGAGGACAUUCUUGCCCUAGCGAGGUCGCUCCCUGACCAGUACUGCGACCUCUGUGGCCAGCCCGGUGCCUUCGUCAGGUGUGCUGACCCGGCGUGCAGUCACGUCCCGUCAGGAAAGGGCCUCUUCGCCGAGCCGCGACACCGCAUGUACCACUGGACAUGCGCCAUCGAGGCUCAGCCACACCACCAGAUCAAAGGCCCCCCGCGGCACCCCACGGGAGAGGCCGAUGCAUCCAGAGCUGCCAAGGCCGCGGUGCCUGCCUCAGACCUGCACGCCAAGCUAGUGGAGGGCUUGGCCGGGGAGAAGGACACCGACACCCCGAUGCACGAUAUCCCAAUGGCCGCGAUGGCAGAGGAACCCUCAGGAGCGCCACCAGAGCAGCAAGAGCCACCGCCACCCAUCCCCAUGCCCAUCCCCCGCAUGCCUUUGUCGGACAGUCCAGUGAGCGUGCCGGCCCCGCCCCCGCCCUCCCCUCGGGCGCCCCUCGGUGUUCUGGUUGACUACGCCUGCCGCAAGGUGUGGUGUGCCGACUGCCGCGCACCCUUCCCUGACCCGGAGGUCCUGCGGCAGGUGGGGCAGAAGCCUCUUGCAGACAUCAUCGCCCGCCACGUGCUGCAGCGGCUCGUUAUUGUCCGCACCAAGGGGCGGAGAGACGGCGAGAGAGCUUCGCUCGGCAGCCAGGCCGACGGGGCGGCGACCGGCAUUGAGGACCAGACAGUGGAGAAGGUGCUGCAGCGCCAGAUUGGCAAGCCGUCGGGUCUGGCCAUGACCGAGGAGGUCGACCAGUUCCUCUCGAGUGCGGCGCUGGAAGAAGCCAAGGUGCUCAAGACCGGCCAGAAGCCACUCGCCGACGCAGCCACCAUCCAGGAGCGGCUCAGGGGAUCUGAUCCAGACAACCUCUCACUGAGAGGCGGGGGGAUCCUGUCCCGCAUGGGAAGCAUUGCUGUCCUCCGUGUGGGCUACUUGGACAGCUAUGCGGGCGGCCGGUAUGUGUACCCGAUUGGGUUCAUGAGCAUCCGCCGCUUCUGGGAGGUGCAUCCCUCAUCCCGCCAGGCCGCCCCCCGCCGUGCAUCCUACCUCUGCAGCAUCACUCAACGAGACGGCAAACCUUACUUCGCCAUCACUCGCCUGCCCGACCACCCUCAUGGUGGCAAUACCAACGGCUCGGCCAUGCCUGUCGUCGUGUGUGAGGGCUCCGAAAUCGAGGGCGUCUUUCAGGUGCUCCUGGAUAGGAUUGGCCUGACGCACGAGACACCAACAGACGAGGAGGCGGUCUCGCGUGCCAAGGGCAAAAGGAGAGGGCGGCCACCUUUACGGCCCGCCAUCAAGGAGGCCGACGCCGGCAACCGAGACGCGUCGAUGGAGAUCGGCGAGCCGGCGCCCGAGGCGGCUCAAGCCUCGGAGGCAGCCGAAGCUACAGCGGAUCGCUCGAGGGAUAGUGCGGCGGGCGAAGCCGCCCCUGUAGAUCGCACGCAGCACGCCCCCAUGGAUGUGGUGGAGGGGCCGAAGGCCGCUUCUCAGCCGCCCGACAGCAGCCGGGACGACGUACACAUCAAGACCGAAGAGGGUGCGGAGGCCCCUGUGGGUGGGGCAUCGGUACCACCCGAGGAGCCGCCUAGUGUUGCUGAGAGGGUGGCAUGUCGCAUGCGUGCUGAGACCUUCUUCGGUCUCGACGCCCCCCUGGUAGUUGAGGCGUUGAAGCGCAAGGUGAAGGAGACGAUGCGGCGCCGCGUGCUGGAGACCAUCCCGGCCCACCUGCUGGACGUGAGCCACUUCACACACCACCAACAGCUCAGAUGGAGACGACUGCCCAGGCCACAGGUGCCUGUAGAGGUGAGUGACUGGUUGGGUGGCUGGGUACACUGACACGGCCGGGCCAUAUGGGAGGGAGCAUUUUAUUGCAUUCAUUCACUGUCUCAUGUGUGGUUGUAUGUGUUCAGUUGGGUGUUGUCACCGAGGACGUGACGGCUCCCGAGGAGGCGUCGCUGGUGCGCACCAUUGCCCUGACCAAGCCGGCCACUGCCACGCAGCAGAAGAUGGGUUUGCGGCGUCAGCGGAAAGUCGAAACCCAAAACAACGUGCCGCUCGCCAUGCAGUACCGGUACAAACAAAGGGCACACCAACAUAACAGAAGCCACUCGUUCGUCCUCAUGAGCUCUUGUUGGUUGGUGUGUUCUCAGCAUCUUGCAGCGGAUGCCGCCCGAGAAGCGUCUGAUGGUCCGCACCUCCAACAUCCACGGCCUGGGGCUCUUCGCGACCGAACAGAUCAACGGAGGAGACGUAAGAACCACAACACAACACACCACACACGACCAGACAGACAGACAAACAGACAGACAGACAGACAGACGGAUGGAUAACCUGACCACAUGGGCUCACGCACUGCACUCUCUGGAUUGUCUGUCUGUCUGUCGCCAUAUUAUCGAUAACUCAAUCAUCAGAUGGUGGUGGAGUACAUGGGUGAUGUGAUCCGCAACGCCGUGGCCGACAAACGGGAGAAGAUAUACGAGCUGGAACUCGGCAGUGAGGGCGCCUGCUACAUGUUCAAGUAGGUGACACACGUGACACAGACAGCACAGGCAGGCAGACAGGCAGACCCUCUCCCUCCCCACCCUCACAGGUAUCGAUCGCAUCGCUUUAUGUCAUGUGUUGUUAUGGUAUGCGUGUGGUCUGUCAGGUUGGACGAUGAGUUGGUGGUCGACGCCACUCGGUGCGGCAACGUGGCCAGAUUCAUCAACCACUGCUGCGAGGUACCUACGUACCUGUCGUGUACACUCGAUGAUCGACACGAACCUGUCUGUCUGUCUGGAUGUCUUCUUCUACGCAUCGGUCGGUCGCUUGUCCAUUAAUUAUUGCAAUGCAGCCCAACUGCAUCUGCAAGAUCAUGGUGUGCGAUGCCGGGCAGAAGCACAUCAUGAUCAUCGCCAAGCGGGACAUCGUCCCCUUUGAGGAAAUCACAUACGACUACAAGGUGUGUAACCAACCAAAGCCGCACGCACAGACACUCACUAGUUAGUGUACAUGGCACGGGAAGAGCGGACACCCUCUCCCCUCCCCUCCCCUCCCCUCCCCUCCCUCUGUUUGGUGUGGUGUGGUGUGUGUUGUCUUGUUGGCGUCAGUUCAACGUUGAGAGCGAGAAGAUCAUGUGCCGCUGCGGUGCACCCAACUGCCUGGGACGAAUGAACUGACUGACUGACCAGUCAGAGAGACGGUCACACUAGCUGGAAAGGAUGGGUAUGGGCCGCAGCGCUGGCUGGCUGUGCAGGGUAGCACACGUUGAAGAGGAGGGGUUGAUGUGUAACAUUCCGACGACUGCCUGGCUAUAUGCGUAGACGCGGCAGGCAGGCAGUGAGGGAGUGAGUGAGCUGGUGUCACUUUGUCGGGCUGGUCGGUUCGUGCGUGUGUGCACAUUCCCUUAAUUGUCGUUCAUUGGAUAAUGAAUGACACUUACUUGCCUUUCCUGUCCGUCCAGACAGACACUAUCCCAAUGCAUGCAAUGCCCCACUGUAUGUAUGGUUGUACACCAC